AUGUCAACAAAUGCCAUGGAGACCCCAUCGCUGGAAGAGAAGCAAGACAACCGUCCGAGGCCCGACGAUCUCAUCAACUUCUUGCCGUGGGCCUGUGGCCAGUAUCAGAUGGGGAAACCUAUCAUCUUCACCAAAAUAGUGCAAAACGAAUAUAUCAGUCUAGCAACAGACAGAAAUAAAAAUAAGAGUCGUAUUAAUCAAAAUAUAUCCAAAUACGAUAUCGGAUCAACAGAUGGAAAAGAUAAAUCUUCAGCCGGUAUAUCACAAUACUCGAAUCGUCAAAAUGCUGUCUGGAUCACAGCUUACACUGACGUCAUUGGGAACAUAGUUGAAUUGAAAUUCAACAAAAACAGUCACAUACCUAGUUUAUUAUUCUUAACUAUGGCACUUGUUAUCAAAUAUCAAAUCUACCUCACGAAGAUUACGAUAAACCGUGGAUUGGACCAAUAUACGAUUUAUGAAAUGAACAAAUGUGUCAAAAUCAGUCAUAUAUCUGAAGUUAAUUUAGAUGAUACAUUUUUUCUUCAAGCAAAUUAUGAUAUUCUAUUAGACGGUCCGAAUAAUAUACGCUAUCUAUCACUGGCUCGAUGUAGAAUAAACGAUAAAGUUUUGAAAAACAUUUCCGAAAAGCUGGCUUAUCCUUUGCCUGCUUCCAAAGUACUGUCAGUGCUCAUCCUGAGUUCUAAUAGAAUCACUGAUAACGGUGUAGCGUAUUUAGCAGAAUCUUUAAGAUCCAAUCGACAAUUAAGCUACAUUAAUUUAGCAGAUAAUACACUUACAGAUGAUGGAGCAUGUCUCAUACUGGAUUCCCUACAAUCAUUCGUUUUAACACAAGAAGAAAUAUUAGCUGAAAAAAGAAGACACUUGCAAUUUUUCAAAGAUAAGAAUGACAUGAUAGUUGAGAUGGUAAAGGAAUUGAGAACAGGCGAAUUUGAUAAAAAAGUUACCAAAAAAAAGAGUGUACGACCAGUUCCAGUUCAAGCUACGAAGAAAGGGAAAUUGGAGAAGGAGAGUUCGAUUAAAUCUUUGGAUGCAAAGAGUAGUCCAAAUUUUGACUUUAUGUUUUACGAUAAAGCUGUUUAUAUGGUGGAAGAAAAGCUUGGAGAUUACAAUGAUCCAUUCAGCCUAUUUAAUACAAAAUUAGAGGACGGACAACAUACUGAAGCCGACGUGUACGGUGUACGAUAA